AUGUCAGUGCUAAGUUACAGUCACAUUACAGUCACACCACAGUCACAUCACAGUCACAUCACAGUCACAUCACAGUCACAUCACAGUCACAUCACAGUCACAUCACAGUCACAUCACAGUCACAUCACAGUCACAUCACAGUCACAUCACAGUCACAUCACAGUCACAUCACAGUCACAUCACAGUCACAUCACAGUCACAUCACAGUCACAUCACAGUCACAUCACAGUCACAUCACAGUCACAUCACAGUCACAUCACAGUCACAUCACAGUCACAUCACAGUCACAUCACAGUCACAUCACAGUCACAUCACAGUCACAUCACAGUCACAUCACAGUCACAUCACAGUCACAUCACAGUCACAUCACAGUUACAUCACAGUCACAUCACAGUCACAUCACAGUCACAUCACAGUCACAUCACAGUCACAACACAUUCACAUCACAGUCACACCACAGUCACAUCACAGUCUCACCACAGUCACAUCAUAGUUACAUCACAGUCAUAA